AUAAUGUAUAUUGCUUUGAACAAACUUGCAACUAAUUCCACCUCCGCCUACCGGGAGAUCUCCAACUUUCGUUAUUUAAUGGCGUAUCCCGCUAUUUUUGAUUCUGCCAGUCGACGAUUUGGUUGCUGCAUUCGGCCUGUGCGACCACAUUCCUUCAUCAAGUGUGUUUCAACUUCCACCAGCAUCAAAUUUUUAGGACCAGCAGCCCAUCGUUCGCUUUUCUUUGGCCGUCCAAAAUUUAGUUUCCCAAGUUUCCUUCCGUCUAUAAGGCAUGGCUCGGAUCCGGUGACCUUAAAAUUUCCCUUUGCAUUAUCCCCUCAGCUUUCUAAGUUUGGACUCUUCACCAGGUCCUCCUCCCAGUCAGCUGGCAGAGGUAAUCCAUAUCGAUUCGGUGAUACUCCUGCUGUAAUAUUUAUGGGUUUGCUUACUUUGGGUUUCAUAAGCGGUGUAUACGUGCUGCGCGACUACGCUUCCCAGGCUGAAAACGGCCCUCAAGAUGUCAUGCCGAUUAUGGAUCGCAUAAAGACCAAGGCCAUGGAGACCAAAAACAUCCUGGUCGAUGCUUUCACUACAGAGCCCUACUACUACCCAAAACCUUCAAAACAGGCCGCAGCAGUAGCCGAAUCACCUUCGUCCGCCUUAUCCACACUCGCAGAUGAAACAAGACCUUAUUCAAGCAGCGAAUCAGUCUCAGCGGCCUCUUCCACAAUUUUCAAUAUCUCUGAACCAGUGGCUGCAUCUCCCAUUAAUAAUACAAAUGUUGUUUCAGAUUCUAUUAAUACUAAUGCCGCUCCCCAUAAUAUUUCGAUUGAUUCGCUCAAUCAUAUCGCCCUCCAAAAGUCUAACAACAAAGCAGACGAAAUAGAUAGGCCCGCUGAUAUAAUUAUGCUCUCGUCAGGUUCACUAGUUAAUAGCUCAGAUGAUUCUACCGAGCAAGUCAAACCGUCUGAAAAUACCGCCAAUAGUCAACCGUGGGUUGCUGAUCAGGACAACGGUUUUUAUGAAGAAAAUCUUCCACCUUCAACUAAUUAUCUUCGUGAAGGUGAACCCUCCUUUCCUCACUACAUACCCUACCUCAUUGUGGGCUCGGGUACGGCUGGCAUGGCUGCAGCUCGCGCCAUCCGUGCAUCAGAUCCUGCCUCCAAAGUGCUUAUGAUAGGCGGUGGAAUGGAUCCUAAAAUAGUUGGUGGAGUAUUUAAAGCCUCACCUGAGUCCCUCACAAAACCAUCGGGUACCGAAUCACUUGGUAUGAUUGAACUUUUGUAG